GAAAUACCUCAGCAGCGUUAGCCCUCGCCCUCGCCUGGUACUUGGCUGCCAAUACUUUACUGCAGCUGGGCAGAAGUGUACUCUGGCAAACCACCUUCUUCGUGUACAAGCUGCGCACAAGCAGGAGCCAGGAGCACGUCAUUUAGAAGCGUACAGCCUCCGAAACCAGACACAGGUCGCGGACUUUCGCCGCCGGCUUUCUCAGAAGCCAGACGGCCUAUGGUUGGUGAAGAGCUGCUCAGCUGGCCGAUCGGAGGGCAUCGUGCUUUUGUCCGGACGGCCGGAAGAUUCAGAAACUCUCCACAAGGUGAUGUACACCUGGGCGGUGGCUCAAAAGUACAUUGAGAAGCCUUACCUUGGCUUUGGCGAGAGGAAGUUUCACAUGCGCCUUUACGUUCUGGUAACUUCGUGGCAUUCCCCGGCUGUUUUCCUGUUCAACGAGGGCUUCGUCUUCCGAAGCCGGCACAAGUAUGAUGCUUCGUCGCCUUCGGUAAAAAGAGACGUCUUUUCUGCAGUGUCUGCUGAUGUGGAGAGUCUCGCCUUAGCAUCGCUCUGGGAGCAUCUGGGAGAACGCACCACCGAUGUCUGGCAACGCCUUACCCGCGUGUUGGUGGAGACUCUGAGCACCUCGUUGGCUGAGUCUUUCGGCCCAACGGAGAGAUUGGAGCAAAGAUCGUACGCAUGCUUCGACAUUUUUGGCGUUGACGUCAUGCUGGACGACCACCUUCAGCCGUUCAUCCUUGAGGUUAAUACUGGACCGAAUCUGUGGCUGGAUGACACAAGCACUGCAAACCAGGCCACUAUAAAGGGGGCAUUUGUUCACCAAGUUGUACUUUGGGCCCAUGAGUGGCUCAGCCGGCAUGGCUCCAACCAAGCAUCGGGCUGGGCACACAAGAUGCUUCUAAACUUCACCCGCCUUGCCUAG